CUGAACGCCAUCCAGACUACUGUCUGUUUUGGUCCUGCUGAACGCCAGCCAGACUACUGUCUGUUUUGGUCCUGCUGAACGCCAGCCAGACUACUGUCUGUUUUGGUCCUGCUGAACGCCAGCCAGACUACUGUCUGUUUUGGUCCUGCUGAACGCCAUCCAGACUACUGUCUGUUUUGGUCCUGCUGAACGCCAGCCAGACUACUGUCUGUUUUGGUCCUGCUGAACGCCAUCCAGACUACUGUCUGUUUUGGUCCUGCUGAACGCCAUCCAGACUACUGUCUGUUUUGGUCCUGCUGAACGCCAUCCAGACUACUGUCUGUUUUGGUCCUGCUGAACGCCAGCCAGACUACUGUCUGUUUUGGUCCUGCUGAACGCCAGCCAGACUACUGUCUGUUUUGGUCCUGCUGAACGCCAUCCAGACUACUGUCUGUUUUGGUCCUGCUGAACGCCAGCCAGACUACUGUCUGUUUUGGUCCUGCUGAACGCCAUCCAGUCUACUGUCUGUCUACACCCCUUUUCUGACCUGGUGUUCUGUUCUCUCCACAGUGUGUUGAACCUCCACAGCCAGGCGUCUCCGGUGGCCAGAGCUCCCAGCAUGCCUCCUGUUGAGACCAGCUACAUCCCCCCUCCUCCCCCCCUCAUACAGGAUUACAGCCACUACUACCACACCCCCAGCGACCUGGACCUCAACUUCUUCUCCUUCCUCCAGGGAGACAACCAUCAGCAUUACAACAUGGUGAUGGCUGCAGCAGCGGCGGCCUCGGCCUCAGACGACCACGACCUGCUCCUCAACCGCUUCCUGCCCUAUAGCUCCUCCCAGAUGUUCCUGGACCAACCAGGGACCCCCGGGGGCGGGAGCAGCGCCCUGGCAGCAGCCAAUGGGGGCAGCAACAGCGGCAGCAGCUCCAGUCUUGUUUCAUCUAAUAGUUUAAGAGAGAGGGAUGGAGACAGGGAUAGCCACUCGAGCAGGUCUGACGCAGCCGUCAUAUACGGCUCCAUACCAGACGUGAUCUCGCUAGACUGAAGGGAAGGGGGGGGUGUUGUCCACACAGAACUGAAAAACAACUCGAGGGAGAAAAUAUAAACAGAAGGGGACGACGAAAGAAGUAAAAUAAAGGAGAAGGAAACUAUGCUAUGUACAGAGAGGAA